AUGUGGAUCAUACGUCUCUUUUCGUCCGCCUUGUUUCUCACCGCCAUCGUCCUCUCCAUUCCUCUCGCCUUCGAUGUCGGUGGGAGAACUUGCGGUCUGGCCUUUUCCCUCUCGCUGGCCACCUUCUACUUCCUCUUCUCGGUGCUAAAGCUCUCCACCCCAAGCCAGUCGCGUGUACGCUACUCCUUAAUCGUCGUUGUCCGAUCGACCCAAUGGCUCGUCGUGCCGAUUUUACUCAUUUGGUCCUUGAACAAAUUCUCCGUUGAUUCGGACAAUUCGAGUGGAUGGGUGGAAAGGACUUUUGGUGGAAAGAGGGCCCUGGAUACUUCGAUUCAAGAAUGGCUAUUUGGCACCAAUGGCUUGAUUGAGACUGUCUCGCUCGGCACUUGGGAUAGGCUUCUACGAUGGUCUACACCUGUCUUUCAGCUAGCAGAGGGAUUCUGCAGUCUGUUAGUGAUCCAAGCCGCUGGUCAGAUUACAAGAUGGCUAGUCAAUAAGGGCGGAAGAAGUGACAGCUGGAUGAUUGGCCUUCUCGUUAUGUCAGCCUCGAUAAUUUCAAGCUCGAUAUAUUUUCUGUGGCGCGUGUUACAAUUCCCCGAAAUCAGUAACGUCGACUCCGCUUUGAUAGGUGUCGCAAUUACCUGUGCGGUAUUCCUUUGCGCCUGGGGUAUUGGAAGCGGUCGCGGAAACCCUGUGGAAAGCUCCCUGCUGUUUGCUUACGUCGUCCUUUGCAUCUAUCAAAUAUUCACCGAUUACCAGUCAUCAGCGCCGGCCGAAGCGGCAUCUCAACCUGAUUUCCCACCACUCCCACCCAUUAUUAUGGCGUCUUAUACGACUUUAAUGCAUACCUUGUCCGCUUUACCAUCGAUAAUUCACACAGCUUUCAAUAUCGUCAGUGCUGCGUUCAGUGCCAUCAGCCCUUCCGUGUUGAUAUCCCUCCUGUAUCGCUUGUUUGUGCUUUACGCGUCAACUAGGAUCAUCCCUGCUGUGCGAGAAUCCGGCGCACGAGCCCUCUCUCAGGAGGCAUCUCUAGAUGAUUCUGAUGGUGCUGGUCAGGUGCUGGGGUUCUUAAGCUGGUUUUCGCCAUCGAUUCUGAUCGCCGUUUACACCAGCUUGCUGAUGCAACAUUUUGCAGCACAGUCUAUGGGAACAACGGGAGAGUGGUGGACGAGCGAUGGCGCUGCUGGUGGAAAUCUCUGGCGGUGGAUCAAUCUUGGCUGCACGAUGGGACUCUACAUGGUCGAAUUGUGGCUGGGCAAACAAGACGAUAUCGAUGCUGGCCUGGCUGGGCAUUGGAAAACAGACUGA